UCCCCGGAGCAGCCCGUUCCCGACCGGGCCAGCACAAACGGUUAACGCCUCCCGGGCUGCAACGUGACUCCUCCCGGCGCCUCCCCGAGCACGGCCCCGGUCCCGACGGGGCCGCCCAGCCCCGGCCCCGGCCCCGGCCCCGGCUCCAGCCCCGGUGCCGGCCGCGGCGCACCAUGAUCUGCGGCUGGAAAGCGCAACGCGGCGCCCAGCGGCUGCCGCCGCCCUCCGCGCACGGCGCCGGCGGCCCCCGACGGCUCGGCAGCGCCCUCGAGAAAAUGGGCCUGAUGGAUGACGAGGACAUCAAGCACAUGCUGAAGGGCUCGCUGCUCUGGAAGAUCAAGUCAUCGCGGCGAGCCAAGGAGCGCCUGUACCGCUUGCUUGAGGACGGCAUGACCAUCUGGUUCGAGAGGCGCUUCCGGCGCGCUCACUCCAAGCAGAUCUUCUCCGUGACGCACAUCGAGGGCGUGCGCCGGGGCCGCCAGUCGGAGGGGCUGCGCAAGCACGGCGCCUCCUUCCCCGAGGGGCACUGCUUCACCGUCGUCUUCAAAGGGGAGCGCAAAAACCUCGACCUGGCCGCCCGGCGCGAGGAGGACGCCCGGCGCUGGGUGCAAGGCCUCACCAAACUCGUGACGCGGGCGGACGCCAUGAGCCAGCGGGAGAAGCUCGAGCACUGGCUCGGCGCUAUCCUGCGGCGCGCCGACAAGGACGAGGACGACAGGAUGUGUUUCGGCGAGGUCAGGGACGUGCUGCGGAUGAUCAACGUCGACGUGGACGACGGUCGCGCCUACGAGCUCUUCAAGGCAUGCGACCGCUCCGGCGACGAGCGGCUGGAGGAGCGCGAGGUGGAGGAGUUCUGCCGGCGCCUGCUGCGGCGGCCCGAGCUGGAGGAGAUUUUCCGGCGUUACUCGGGCGAGGGGGGUCGCGCGCUGUCGGCCGAGGAGCUGCGGCAGUUCCUGCGCGACCAGGGCGAGGAGGCCAGCCCGCGCCGGGCCCGCGCCAUCAUCCGCACCUACGAGCUCAACGAGACAGCCAAGCAGCAGGACCUCAUGAUGCUCGACGGCUUCAUGAUGUAUCUGCUCUCCGCCGAUGGGGACAUCCUCAACCAGGAGCACACCAAGGUGUACCAGGACAUGAACCAGCCCCUGUGCCACUACUUCAUCUCCACCUCCCACAACACCUACCUGACUGACAACCAGAUUGGUGGCACCAGCAGCACUGAAGCCUACAUCAGGGCGUUCAUGAAGGGCUGCCGCUGCGUGGAGCUGGACUGUUGGGAGGGCUCCAACGGGGAGCCUGUCAUCUACCAUGGCCACACGCUCACCUCCAAAAUCCUCUUCCGUGAUGUCAUUGAGAGCAUCCGUGAUUAUGCCUUCAAGCAAUCGCCCUACCCCGUCAUCCUGUCCCUGGAGAACCACUGCGGGUUGGAGCAGCAGGCCACCAUGGCCCAUCACAUGAAGACCAUCCUGGGGGACAUGCUGCUGACCCAGCCGCUGGAGGGGCAGGACCCUAGGGACCUCCCAUCCCCGGAGCAGCUGAAGGGGAAGGUCUUGGUGAAAGGGAAGAAGCUGCCAGACCUGCAGCAUGAGUCCUGGAGCAGCGGCUCCCUGUCAGACCGUGAGGAGGAGGAGGAGGAAGAGGAGGAGGAAGAGAGGCUGCAGGAGAGAGGCAGCCGUCAGUCGCUCCAUUCUCUGCAGGAGAUCAAACUACUGCAGGCCAAGGAGGCCUCACAGGUGGCCCCAGAGCUUUCCGCCAUGGUGGUGUACUGCCAAGCCGUGCCUUUCCCCGGCCUGGCUCAGGCCCUGCGUGACCCACGGCCCUGUGAAAUGUCAUCCUUCAGCGAGAGGAAGGCCCGGAAGCUCAUCAGGGAGGCAGGCAAGGCCUUCGUCCGCUACAACGCCCGGCAGCUCAGCCGCGUCUACCCCCUGGGGCUCAAGAUGAACUCCUCCAACUACAACCCCCAGGAGAUGUGGAACGCCGGCUGCCAGCUCGUGGCUCUGAACUUCCAGACGCCGGGCUACGAGAUGGACCUCAACGCCGGGCGCUUCCUGGGCAACGGGUGCUGCGGCUACGUGCUGAAACCCGGCUUCCUGCGCAACAGUCAGGGCUCCUUCGGCCCCGAGGCGAUGCCAGGGCCUGGCCAGACCUGCCACCACCUGGCCCUGGCCAUCAGGGUGAUCACGGCCCAGCAGCUGCCCAAGCUCAACGCGGAGAAGAGGAGCUCCAUCGUGGACCCCCUGGUGCGGGUGGAGAUCCACGGCGUCCCUGCCGACUGCGGCAAGAAGCAAACCCGGCACAAGCUCAAUAACGGCUUCAAUCCCCGCUGGGAGGAGACGCUGACCUUCCAGCUGCGGGUGCCCGAGCUGGCCCUGGUGCGCUUCGUGGUGGAGGACUACGACAGCACCUCCUGCAACGACUUCGUGGGCCAGUUCACCCUGCCCCUCGCCAGCAUGCGGGAAGGCUAUCGCCACAUCCGCCUGCUCUCCAAGGACGGGGCUUCGCUGUCCCCCGCCACGCUCUUCGUGCACGUGAAACGCGAGCGCCUGUGAGCUCCCCGCGCGGCAGGAGCCCACGGGCAGCGGCUCCGUCACCCCCGGGCUGGGCACAGCGUCGAGGGGACCCCAGGAGGCCUCGCCGGCCGCGGCCGUCACCCCGUCCGCUGGCCCGCGUGCCCCGCUCCGGGGCCAGGCACGCCGCGCCAACCGGGAUGAACGGCCGACGGCGAGACGGGUGACAGCAACCCCCGGCAUCAGCGCCCUGCUUGUAGCCCUCCCCCCCGGGAGCUCCUCGCCACGGGCCACCGCGGCUGCCAGCUUUUGCUUGGUGGUCCCGAGGUGCUGGGGACUGAACGCCGGCUGCAUUUGUAACCCGCGCUAGAGUAGCGGCAACGGUCAAAUAUUUAUACGAGGUUGUCAAGCAAGUCGAAUAAAGGUUUAUUUAACGGA